UCUCUGAAAACAAUUGGUGGCUUUGUAUCUGGUUCUUUGUGAAGUCCUAAAAAGCAGAUAUAUUAUGUGAAAAGCCAUACAAACUCACUCCAAUCCCUUCACUUGUUCUUCCUUCAAUUUUUCUCGUUAAAUGUGCUUCCGUUGGUUUGGAUAAAAUUGAUCAAAUGACGAGACAGAAAAUCCAGAUCAAGAAAAUCGACAACUUAGCGGCGAGGCAGGUGACUUUCUCUAAGAGGAGAAGAGGGCUUUUCAAGAAAGCUCAUGAGCUCUCUACUCUUUGCGAUGCCGAGAUUGCUCUUUUAGUGUUUUCUAACACCGGGAAGCUCUUCGAGUACUCCAACACCAGUACGAGGCAGGUGAUUGAAAGGCGAAAUCUGCUGUCAGAAAGGAUCGACAGAUUGGAUCCAAUUCCAUCCCUUGAACUGCAGCUUCAAAGUAGCACAUGUGCCAUGUUGAGCAAGGAGAUAGCAGAAAAGACACGAGAACUGAGGCAGCUGAGAGGAGAGGAGCUCCAAGGGUUAGAUUUAGAGGAAUUAAAACAGCUUGAGAAAUUACUUGAAGGAGGCCUUAAACGAGUUACGCAAACUAAGGAUGAACGAUUUUUCAAAGAAAUCAGCACCCUCAAAAGGAAGGGAGUAGAACUGACAGAAGAAAACCAGCGUUUGAAAGAGAAAAUGGUGAAUUUGCCACCUCAUGUGGCUGAGCAAGGCCGACCAUCAGAGUCUAAUGGCCAUGCAUGGAGAAGCUUUAGCUCUGACAUUUCUCUCAGAUUGGGAUUACCUUACCCUAACUGAGUGUUCAUCAUCUUAUUAUCUUCAAAUGGCGUGUCUCUCAGUAAAUAUAGAAUCUGGCUCCUGUACGUAUUAUCAUAUUUAUAACAAAUUUAUGGCCACAAAUAAAACUUCUUGUUGAGUUAGUCAUUCGGAUUAUGGAAAAACUCGAUUAAAGUAUAUUUGGGUUUUCCAUGCCUAUUAAUUUAAGUGUAUAAAUGAUGAGCUGAUGAGCCAUUUUGUGAUAUCA